AUGUUCACGGGCAAUACUGAUUUAGCGAUAGAACAGCACGCGUUCGCCUUUUACACAAACGCUGUUUUCGCGCAAGUUCAAAAGGAGAUAAUUAAAGGGAAGUUUUUAUGCUACAUCACAAACCAAACCGAGUUUAGCAAUUCCAGUCUUUUGAUAGACGUCACUCAUUUGGAUAAAAGGAACAACAUCACAAACGUCUAUCAGGUUACGUAUAACGUUGUAGACCAAUCCGCCAGUUGCUCAUGCAGGAAUUUCACACGUAUCGGAUAUCUGUGUCGCCAUGUCUUUUGCGUCUAUCGAUUGAAAAAUGUUGAAAGGAUUCCACCCCAAUACAUAAACGAUAGGUGGCGCCGAGAUGCCCUCCCCAAACAGGUUUUUUCAAUUUCCAGCCGAUACGGAGUCAACCCACACGCACCGUCCGUUAUACGGAAUGAAAUCCUCGACCUCGUUACUGAAUGCGUUGAUGUGGCCAGAACCGAUGAGGAUUCGUUGGCAAAAUUGGUUGACCAACUCAGGGAUUUCAAGAUCAAUGUGCUUUCCAAGCAACCAUUGUGUACAAUUCAAAAUGAAUCAAACGAGUGUGAAAUGGAAGAAAUAGUUGGGCAACCAAUCAACAUUCCAGUCGAAGUUGCUAAUCCAGAAGUUGCACGCAAUAAAGGAUGUGGUACUCAUACUCGCAUUUCCGGGCCCGGUGAGAAGGCAAAGGCAAAACCACCAAAACGUCCAAAGCAGCUUUGUUUAUGCAAGCGUUGUGGUCUGUAUGUCGACGACCACGACUCACGCAACUGCGUUAAGGUGGCUGCAAUGAAAGCAGCAAAGGCAGCUGCUGAACAACAAAGGCAGACCGCCCCUGGUGCCUCACCCUCUGAUUAA